UGAACGUCAUUUCGAGUUGUCGUCUCGAGUGCUAACGUCGGCUUGGCUUUGCGUGGUCCCACACUCAGUUCUUGUGCAGUGCCGAAUAAUUGGUAGUGAGAAAACCAUUGGUUGUUGGUAAUAUCAUCGAAGUGGAUAAAGUUUUGUGUAGUUAGCGCAUUACCUGGAAUAUUUAACUGGAUACUUGUGGAUAAGUCGUCAUACAGUGCAGGCGUAUCAGUGACCUAGUGUGAACACCCUUCAAUAAAUUAGAAGCGCAUUUUUGUGAUUUAGAAGAAAAAAGAAACUUGAAAGUUACUAUGAAGGCUAUUACAGCAGUUUGUGCAACCGGUGCGUCCGUUCCGGCUAUUAUUAACGGUCGCGUUUCACGGCAUCGGGACGGCGAGAAUGCCGAGAUUCAAAUGUACCUUUCGAAACUCAAGGAUCUAGUGCCGUUCAUGCCGAAAAACCGUAAACUCUCCAAAUUGGAGAUAAUCCAGCACGUGAUCGAUUACAUUUGUGAUCUUCAAAAAGAGUUGGAAACCCAUCCCGCCGUGAAUAGUUUCGAUGCCGCCGCAGUGCUCGAUGUUGAGACGCAGAACCAGCAAAUGGAGAAUCUCCCCAGCAGCGUGGCGCUUCUAGCCGCCAGCAAUACAGUGUCCUCUAGUCCUGCGUGUCAACGUCAGCCCUUGUCUGAUCGGCCCAGCCCAAAUACAAUUCUGUCAUCGACUCAUAGCAGCCCACUCACCACACCCGCCGAGGCGAACCUUCACUCAAACUCAUCACAUUCACAUACGGUGACAGACAAACGUGAUCGAUAAAGCUGUUAGUUCUUUUUAGUUGUAAAACGAGAAGAAUUAAAAACCUAAACUAUUAGUUAUGUAGUGUAAAAUCAGGUGAACAUUUUUAAUAAAUUAAGUUCAGGCUCAGAUGCAAUUUAUUCAACUAAAACAAAAACUCCAUUAUAAGUAUGUAUGUAGAGAGAUAAGCACAUGUUGUUGAAGAUGCAAAAACAAGGGACAUGUCAUCAUUAAAUAUAACCUCCUCCCUCAUCCCAUCAUUUCCAUAGAGCAGACAAAUGCAAUUCCUCCCUUCAAACUUCGAAUGAAUCCCAGAUUUUCCUUUUACAUGGAAGGAGGAACCAGGUGGGAAAGCCUCUCAGCGGCAGGAACUUGACAUUGCAAUACUUUUUCCUAAGUGUUAUAAUUUCCUUCAAACAGAGUUUCCUGCCGGCGCUUAUCACACCUUUUUACUUCUUCUAACAUUUGAUUUCAGUAAAUCUUAAUCUAAAACAAAAAAAACAUAAAAAUGAAGUAUCUACACCCGAAAUAUCUCAGUUUUAAUUUUCAAAAGUUCUUUUGUACCAUCACACCCUAAACCCCUUUCACAUUGAAAUCACCACCCAAUCCACCCAAACCCUCAUUUCUUGACUUUGUUGUCUUGUUUUUUUCCUCUUGAAUUUUGUUUUGAUUUAUCAUUUAUUAUAUUCUGUCAUCCAUUCUUUCAAAACGAAAACA